UAUGUUAGAAGGUAAGAACAGUUCCCAAACAGUCACCAUCAAGACUAUGUUAGAAGACCUGGGAAUGGAUGAGGAAGGAGACGAGGAGCCCAUCCCGCUGCCCAACGUCAACGCCGCCAUCCUGAAAAAAGUCAUCCAGUGGUGCACACAUCACAAGGAUGACCCACCCCCACCGGAGGAUGAUGAGAAUAAGGAGAAGCGCACAGACGACAUUCCUGUGUGGGACCAGGAGUUCCUGAAGGUCGACCAGGGGACGCUGUUCGAGCUUAUAUUGGCUGCUAACUACCUAGACAUCAAAGGGUUGCUAGACGUGACGUGCAAGACGGUAGCGAACAUGAUCAAGGGCAAGACGCCGGAGGAGAUCCGCAAAACCUUCAACAUCAAGAACGACUUCACAGAGGAGGAGGAGGCACAGGUGCGACGGGAGAACAUGUGGUGUGAAGAGAAGUAGAGUCGACGCCCUUCCGUCCCCCGUCUGUGUUCUCUCGUUAGCGAUGUAAAUACAAGGUGUUAACCCACAGUAGCCUCCCCCCACACAUGUAUGAACUGUCCCUCCUAUCACCAUCCCCCUAUACAGACAUGAACCCUCCCUGUUGUCAUGUUAUGAGCAUAUAUUCAUUAAAGAUAGUUAAUACCCUCGCCUUAUUGCAACUAGAAGAUAUGGAUCAAAUUUGAAACUGUGACAGCGAACACAGAUAGCUGGGAUUUUGGACUGAACAACUCCAGUCUUUGUGAAGGCAUGAGCCAGUGUUUUGUGUUGGCCGUUACGGUUCAACUCUGAAAGUACCAUAGGGCAUCGGAAGGUGCGACACCUCAUGCCCAUUGGUGCAAACCUACAGAAAGAUAUAGACGUUCUCUGUACAGUUUUCUGACUGUGAGUGCUCUGUAUGUGUGUAUUGGGACUUCCAUGGACAUAUUAAUGUGUCUUAUAACUAUCCACCAGUAAGUUAGAAAGUUAAGUUGUGCAUUUCUUAUAAAGCGCUUACAGGGAUUGAGCUAUACCUGCCUGCAGAUUGUAGCAAGAACAUACAUGAGAAACUGCAGUUGCACCUGCAAAAACAUAUGCCAGCAAUUUGGAGUUGUACAUGCUCAGUACAUACUAAGUACAUACCUGCUCAAUAUUGUGAAGUACAGGUAACGGAGGGGGAAAAGGAGACAGUGGACUUUUAUAGAAUGUCGAUUUGGGUUGUUCCAUUUAAGAAUCCUGAUAGGGGUGGUCAGGACUCCUGCACUUAUUUUAAUGCCCCCCACCUGUGAUAUAGCCCCACCCCCUCUCUUAUGUUGAAAGGGAGAAUUACAGAUGUCAAUAAGUAAAAGCAGCCACCAGAUGUAAGAUAUCACUUUCAUUUGAUAAACGUUCCAGGCUAUGGAGUUGUUUGUUCCCACUAUAAGCUUGUUCAUGGUUUCUAAUGUGCAUGGGCAGCUAGGUGCAUUGUGGGUAAGACAUGUCAAAGGUGACCGACCGCCCCUACCAUAAGUUCCUGUCUGGACCAUGUUGAAUAUGUGACCAGACGUGUUUAGUUUAUGUCCCAGGGGCCUUAACCUUUGACAUAUUUCCCACAAUGCAUCACACUGUGCAUGUGCAGUAUAAACUGUGCACAGGGAUCUGGUCAUCUCCAAGCAGAUGUAUGAUUAUGGCUCACUCUCAGAAAUUAUCGUCGCUUUUUGCAACAUUUCAGUACUCUAAUCUAGUAUUCCUAGGAGGGGAAAACCAUUGAAAAAGUGCAAUACUAGAAAAGAGUAGUAAGUGUCGUGAAAAGGUCUUAGAACACUCCUUACAUCUACUUGAAGAUCUGCUAAUUCUUGAUGAGAUUUCAUGUCAAAUAGAUGUUGUCAGAAAUUUACUAAGAGAUCACAGCAGAAAAGUAUGUCCACAGUGAUGUUUUAUAUAUGUGUGUAUAGAAGCCUGGGUGAUCCUGUUAUAUUAGUGUGAGCACAUCUACGCUUGCUUACGCUGCAGUGUAAAAUCACCCCUGAUUAAGUUUUAGUACGUUCCAAGUUUCUCAGCAUGGUACUAGUAUUGUAAUAAGAUGGCAGGUCAUUCCAUUUUCCAGGUAGGGGGUGCUUGAUUUUGUUGUAACACUGUUGUGAGAAGAAUUUUCAUUAAAUGGUAUUACUGUGUUGAAAA